CACAGUACAACAACCAAUCAACCUCUAACUUACGUUCGACCCGUGAUAGCUUCCUACAUCAGACCUUGUGGAGGGAACGACGUUAGUUGCAUUCAUUCGCAAUGUCCAGGCCUAGGGCCGAUACCCCUCGGAUUUUGAGCCGGCAACCGGGAGCAGUCAUCAUUCGCCGCGGUGAUUUCGUGGAGAAGUCGGGAGAUCGAGUUAAACCUCGCGAAGAAGCGGCUCUUCGUCUUGUGCAACACUAUACAAGCGUUUCGGUGCCUACCGUAUACUCAUCUUCCUUCGCAGAGCGUGAUGGGCAUAUCUGCAUGAGCUAUGUGGACGGCGAGAGCCUGGACAGGCUCUGGAACGACUUCGAAGGCCAUGAUGAUAUGAAAGAACAUAUCUGUCGCCAAAUUUGGGACUUGAUCUACCGAUUUCGAGCAAUACCCAAACCUGCCCGAUUCGCCAACUUUUUCCAGUGCUGCGCCGACGGUACCGCAUCAAAUGAUAUCCUCAUCGAGCCUUUGCCAAAUCGAAGCCCAGAUCCGCUUGCCAGCGACGUUGAGCUACGCUUGCGCAUCUAUGAGCGUUACUUGGAUUGUGCUGGACGCCGUUACGAGAAAGAACUUCCACACAUGCUUCCUAAGUCCGAAACAACUGUUUUCACUCAUGCAGAUAUCGCGCCGCGUAACAUCAUGAUUGGAGAGGGAGAUGACUGUCCUGUGAUAGGCAUCUUGGAUUGGGAAGAAGCGGGGUGGUAUCCUGAGUAUUGGGAAUAUGCAAACAUUAUGAAACCAUCGGUGGACAAAGAUUGGCAGAUGUGGAUGGAGCGAACGGUACCUGAGAAGUGGGACAUCUCUGGAAUUGUGGCAGCAAGACGGGUUCUGUUUUGAGAAAGUGAAUGCACUGGAUAACUCGUAAGUUGCCUUAUUCCAACCUAGGAUCUAUACAUUCCUCGAAAGCAUUUGAUUCUCUUCACCCUAUCUAUUGAAUAU